GCUAGCUAGCGCUUUGACGAAAAGGGGAGAUCAGGAACGGUCUGGAAUAGAUAUAUCUAGCGAUUUAACCCGUCAGAUUGCUUACUGAAAUUAUUUCACGGUUAUAGGGAUUCCAUAAACAACUGGUAUACUAUCAACAACUUGUUUGGUAAGUCAUCGAAUUCGUGUUAUAGCUAACGCGAGCUAGUUCUUUUCCUCGCUGGCCUUCUUCAGCUAACGUUAGCUAGCUACUUCUUGGAUGUCCUCCGUGAUUGAACGCUAUUUUCUUCCACAACUGGCGUGCCUGGCCUACCCGAGCAACAUGGACAUAUCCCACCGUAGCUCGAUGUUUGACUAGUAACAGUACUGCCAACAUUUGAAGUUGGCUAUGUCGCUAGCUAACGUUACUUAACCAACGUCAACGAGCUACAGUAAGCCAGUUAACGUUGUUGAUAGCUAGCUAGGUACAGUAACGUUAGCCAUGCUCUCUGUGAUAGCUCGGUACGUUAAUUAGUUAGCUAUUUUGAUUGUAAACUAGUACCUAGGCACCUAGCAAACUAACUUACGCUAUAGCGACCUACUUAACGUUAGUUAGGUAAUUAGGUAGUUGGCUAGAUAGCUAGAUAGCUAACCAAUGCGCCUCUAAUAGCAAGCUUUCUAGUUAGAUUGCUAGCAUUUCACUGUUAACGUUUGCCAGUAUGAUGAUAUGAAGCUAGCUAACUGUUUACAACACAGGCCGACGAUGACACAUUAGAUACUAUUAGUAACUAACGUUAGUUAGUUAAACUAACAAUUCCGCAAGAUGUCUACUGUUGCAACAGUGAACAAGACAAGGCUGGGGCCCUAAAAAUGACUAGACUGGAGAGUUGUCUUGGUUGCUUGAAUAAUUAACUAGCUAGCUAGCGAACGGUAGUCGCCCAUUCCCUUACCCACCUGAUCCCCUAUAUUAGGUGUAGAAUUGAGCCCCACCCAAUGCAGGGGCCAUGACUAUCCACGACUGUAGGGUAGGAUGAUGAACCAUAGAAAACUUCAGACGUGUGUGUAUCAAGUGGGGCUCAAAGGUUUUCAAAACAGGAUGGUCACAAUUUAUGUUGAUUCAGGAAUGCACUUGACCUUUUCAUUAGGCAAAUUGUUAGAGCCAAAACAUGAAUACAUCUCAAUCACUGCAAAUUAAGAUUAGAGUGUACUCUUAGCUUCUUUUAUUUAUUCUUGAGUUAAAGUGUUCUACCAGAAAUUGGAUAUCAUUCAGGUUCCUUUGAAUCUCAACUGCCCUUGCCCCUGCAGUACUAGUAGUGUUGUUUCGAGACAAGGUUGAAGUUUUGGCAAGGUCAGGAGUUAGGAUGUUGAACACUCCAGAGCAGAGGAUCAGGAUGUCUCAUUCAGUGUAGGAGUGCGCUGUCAGGCUUUGUCUUCCUGGCAGGCAGCAUUUGGCCUACAUUUAGCAAAAAAGAUUUUGAGCAUACAUCUGUCAGUGAAGGUGUUGAUUUUAGACCUACAGAAUUUUCCUUUCCUUAUAUUUGGAAGCUACUCAUUUGCUCCCACCUUUGAACUUAAAGCAUCUCUAGAUAUUUCAUGCUAGCACUGCUUUGACCUACAGAAUGCCCUCCUUUGGGUAUGGUUGUGUAAGAGGAAGCGUUUACUAAUUUGUCAUCCCUGGGAUCAGAUAGCCUAACCCAAGUUUGUAGGCAUUGAUGACAGGACUAGGGUUAUUUUGGGUAAAUAAAUGAAACUAGCUCCAGUAGGCUAAUCUUUUUUUAGCGUGAACUGUAUUACUAUACUGUAUUGUAUUAUACCUUAUUAUAUGGACUGGAAUUACGCACAUCGUUCAAACCAUGAUAAAGCAGGGAGAGAACAUGUGAUUCUGGUGCAGCACAUGCGGCCCACAAAGUUACAAGUAUAGGCUAGCGAAUUUGAUUUUAAUUUUGAAAUAUAAUAGGGCCUAUUUGUAUAAUUAGUAGGCUGACUCGUAUAUACAUUAUAUAUACAAAAGUAUGUGGACACCCCUUCAAAUAAGUGGAUUCGGCAAGUUCAGCCACACCCGUUGCUGACAGGUGUAUAAAAUUGAGCACACAGCCAUGCAAUCUCUAUAGACAAACAUUGGCAGAAGAAUGGCCUUACUGAAAAGCUCAAUGACUUUCAACGUGGCACCGUCAUAGGAUGCCACCUUUCCAAUAAGUCAGUUAGUCAAAUGUAUGCCCUGUUAGAGCUGCCCCGGUCAACUGUAAAUGUUGCUAUUGUGAAGCGGAAACAUCUAGGAGCAACAACGGCUCAGCCGCAAAGUGGUAGGCCACAUAAGCUCACAGAACGGGACCGCUGAAGCACGUAGUGUGUAAAAAUCGUAUGUCCUCGGUUGCAACACUCAGUACCGAGUUCCAAACUGCCUGUGGAAGCAACGUCAGCACAAGAACUGUUCAUCGGGAGCUUUAUGUAAGGGUUUUCCAUGGCCGAGCAGUCGCACACAACUGUAAAGUUUGGUGGAGGAGGAAUAAUGGUCUGGGGCUGUUUUUCAUGGUUUGGGCAAGGCCCCUUAGUUCCUGUGAAGGGAAAUCUUAACGCUACAGCAUACAACAACAUUCUAGACGAUUCUGUGCUUCCAUCUUUUUGGCAACAGUUUGGGAAAGGCCCUUUCCUGAUUCAGCAUGAUAAUGCCCCCAUGCACAAAGCGAGGUCCAUACAGAAAUGGUUUGUCGAGAUCGGUGUGGAAGAACUUGACUGGCCUGCACAGAGCCCUGACCUGAACCCCAUCGAACACAUUUUUACAUUUACAUUUUAGUCAUUUAGCAGACGCUCUUAUCCAGAUCGACUUACAGUUAGUGAGUGCAAACAUAUUUUAUUUUUUCAUACUUUCACACCUUUGGAAUGAAUUGGAAUGCUGAAUGCGAGCCAGGCCUAAUCGCCCAAAAUCAGUGCCUGACCUCACUAAUGCUCUUGUGGCUGAAUCACUGAUGUUGGGUGAUUAGGCCUGGCUCGCAGUCGGCGUUCCAAUUCAUCCCAAAGGUGUUCGAUGGGGUUGAGGUCAGGGCUCUGUGCAGGCCAGUCAAGUUCUUCCACACCGAUCUCGACAAACCAUUUCUGUAUGGACCUUGCUUUGUGCAUGGGGGCAUUGUCAUGCUGAAACAGGAAAGGUCCUUCCUCAAACUGUUGCCAUAAAGUUGGAAGCAGAGAAUUGUCUAGAAUGUCUUUGUAUGCUGUGGUGUUAAGAUUUCUCUUCACUGGAACUAAGGGGCCUAGCCCGAACCAUGAAAAACAGCCCCAGACCAUUAUUCCUCCUCCACCAAACUUUACAGUUGGCACUAUGCAUUGGGUCAGGUAGCGUUCUCCUGGCAUCCGCCAAACCCAGAUUUGUCCGUCAGACUACCAGAUGGUGAUGUGUGAUUCAUCACUCCAGAGAAUGUGUUUCCACUGCUCCAGUCCAAUGGCGACAAGCUUUACACCACUCCAACCGACGCUUGGCAUUGCACAUGGUGAUCUUAGGCUUGUGUGCGGCUGCUCGGCCAUGGAAACCCAUUUCAUGACGCUCCCGACGAACAGUUAUUGUGCUGACGUUGCUUCCAGAGGCAGUUUGGAACUCUGUAGUGAGUGUUGCAACUGAGAACAGAUUAUUUUUACACGCUUCAGCACUCGGCAGUCCCGUUCUGUGAGCUUGUGUGGCCUACCACUUUGCGGCUGAACCGUUGUUGCUCCUAGAUGUUUCCACUUCACAAUAACGGCACAUACAGUUGACCGGGGCAGCUCUAACUUGGCAGUAAUUUGACGAACUGACUUGUUGGAAAGGUGGCAUCCUAUGACGGUGCCACGUUGAAAGUCACUGAGCUCUUCAGUAAGGCCACUCUACUGCUAAAAAAUACCUACAAAGUAGUUGUAGGACAGGCACAGGGUAGCCCUACUAGAUGUGACAAACAGCCUCUGUGUGGGAACUCACGAGUGAAAGAGACAAGGGUCUCUUAUUAACAUUUUUAUUGUGCUGUCCAGCACUCACUAUGCCUGAGCUUCGGUGAUGUAGCCUAGUGAAUAAUUUCUCAUAUCCUCAUUCUGACUGAAGUACAUUAGGAUAGGCUAUUUGCUACCACCACCACUACCUCACUUUCAGCUACCCUGCUUACCCUGGUUUCAUUUUCAUAUUUGUAAUUUCCUAAUUAUCUAAAACAAAAUAUCUGCAGGAUUAAAGCUGAUCUACCCCCUAAAAAAAAUGUUUAAAAAAAGACACAAGAAAAUGCAAAAAAAUCAGACUAUCUUAUGUUGUCAAUUGGAUAUGGUGGUGCUGGGGCUGGAUUGCUGGAAUAGGCUGGGUAGAGUUUUGCAAUGUCUCUUUUGUGGUGUGUGUGAGCUCAUUCUGAGAGGAGGUGAUUGUAGGGAGGUGCAGCAUGCACCCCAAGGCAUUGCACACAGGAGCUGGUAAAAUGUCUGCAGUCCAACGGAAGAAGGCCUGACAAAUUUCAAAGGGACACAGCCCUUGAUGCUGCGGCUCAGCUGUUGGACUAGGGCAAGGCACUGGCGUGGCGUACAGUACCACAGAUAAUAAAACAGGAGUGGUUAACCUGCUCAUGCAAACAGUCCUAUUUUAUCUCAUGUUGAGGGGAAGUGAAAAGGGGACUUUGUGUUUUGAGUUUCGUGUGCCUUUAGAAAGUGAUUCCUUUCUGUAUGUCUAUAAAAAGCACGUUGUUCUGUUGGCCUGUGUUGCAUGUUCAACUGAGGAAAUGUUUGGGCUGUGUUCCAAACACCUCCACAAAUGUGCUGUGUGGUGAUCUGCAUCACUGGUUCAGGUGCUUUUCAGUUUGUCAGAUAGUUUGCUUCACAAUGAUUCCUUGUUCUGAGCCUAAGCAUCAUGUACGUAAUGUUCGGAGGGAUGGCUUUGGACUGAGAAUUCUAUUUCUAGCCUACCUACAGCUAACUAGCUUCAUUCUGUCUCGCACACCCCCACCUGUUCCUUUCCCCACCACCUACAGUGGUUUUUCUUCUGCUUUAGAGUUCCCCUUCCUUUUCCAUUACUUACUUAUUAGGUAGGUCUACUCAACAAAUCUUGAACUCGGAAACUGCUUUACCCGUACCAGGCCACAGGUCCUACAGUACCACCUGUCUGUCUGUCUGUCUGUCUGCCCUAGACCUACACCCUUUACUUCCACACAGGACUGUGACAAAUGUAGUCUACUCGUUCAAGAGCAUACGGCACAUGCAUCUUCUCAUGGACUGGUACACUAAGUUGGUCAUUAAUCUAUUGACAGAAGUUUAUUUAUUUAGCUGAGAUCGCACAGUGUCUUCAUGUUUCCAGAAAACUCCACAGUGGCCAGUCCAUCAUUUGGAUUUAGCCUACUAAAGGAACACAGAGACUUUCUUGUGUGUUACCGAUGAUUAACCUUGCUAAUCUGGCAUGACACGGUUAAGAAAAUGCUUCUAAGCCUCAUCAAAAUAUUUAUGUUUCAAACCACAUAUACAUUUAUUCUGUUUAAUAGUAUCAAGCCUUUGUAGUUGUAUGCAAGCUCUGAGGCAGGGUUCUCUGGGCUGCUCUCACAGGCCUUCCAGCCUCACAAUCUUGUCUGUUUUCCUUGGUAGCAGCCAUCCACAAAGAACCUUUUGUGUCAAAGAAUGCUCUAGGAAAUAAUUAAAAUUUCAUGCAUUCUGUCUGGUUUGUGUUUGUGUGUGAAGGAAAGGGAGACUAAUAUGAUUUGCAUAUUCUCUUGUGCUGUGAAUAAUGCUAGUACCAGACGCUUGUGUGAGUGAGAGUAGGGGCAUGCUAUUGUUUAAAAGCCCCCCCCCCCCCCCCCUUGCUUUCAAUCUCAGCCAAUGGAAGUGUUUCUGCCUUCUCUUGACUACUGAUGCUCUACUUCCCCUGUCAGUGUGUGAGCUAGGAUUCUGCCAACCAUGCCUCCACAGGAAACAUGGCCUUUCCUGCUCUUCCUCAGGAUUCCACUCUGAGAUAUAAAAAUGAUACAUUGUCCUCACUUGUAAAUCUACUCCAAACUGCCCUGUAUGUAGCUCUGUCCUGACUGUCUAGUACUCAUUCUCUCUCCAACAAUGUCAAUACCAUCCUCAUCAUUACCAUUUAUUUCCCAGCGUGACUGAUCUUCCUCUUCUCUCACUCUUCUGCAGUAUUUUACCUCUGAGUGAGCUGGUAAAGAUGGUGAAGCCAGACAUCCACACUCUGGCCCACCACCUGAAGCAGGAGCGACUGUAUGUGGCUUCAGAGAAGCAGCUGAUCCAGCGGCUCAACGGGGAUGUGCUGAAGACUGCUGAGAGGCUGUACCGUGCUGCCUGGAUCACCAAGCAGCAGAGGAUCAACCUCGACCGUCUCAUCCUCACCAGGUCAGCAUGGGGCCCCCACAGCUAUUGUUACCAGGGCAUUUCAAUGAGAUUGAUCCAAUAGGAACUCUCCCAUUUUAAAAAGGCGUUUUGAAUUGUCCUCCACUUGUUUGCACUCGGCAGUGUGACCUUUAGUGAACUAGUAACUUAGUAGUCCUGAAGUAGGAUCCCACCAUAUUAAACUGUCUUAUCUGUGCAUGCCAGAGCCAGCUGAGCACUAUUUAGGCCAAAAGGGAAAUGGCAAGGAAUCCUGUAGUCCUGUGAUCAGCAAGUAUGUCAUACAAUUACAUGUCACUCCAACCAGUAAUCAACAGCUCUCUGUGGCUCACUGGUUUGUGGAGCUCUCGUAGUAAUUAAAGCUCCCUGUCCUGUAGUGCUGAGGCCUCCCCGGCCGAAUGCUGCCAGCAUGCCAAAGUGCUGGAGGACACGCAGUUCCUGGACGGCUACAAGACUCUGGGCUUCCAGGAGAGCAUCUACGGGGAGUUCCUGGGUCGGGUGCGCGAGAACCCCCGGCUGUUGGCCUCCUGCCUGGUGGCUGGGGAGAGGCUGAACCAGGAGCACAUACAGGGGGUCAUUUACACGGUCUUCACCUCACUCUAUGGCAACUGUAUCAUGCAGGAGGAUGAGCGCUACCUGCUGCAGGUGAGCAGCCUGGACCUCUUCUGACACUUAUACUAUAAACAUGCUAGUCACACACAGCCAAUAGCCACAUGCACUCACCAAUCAGCAGCCACCUGUUAUUUAAUACUAUUACCUAUCCCCAUAGGUAGUGUGAUGAGGCCGUUUCUGACCUCUGUACAGCUAAAGCUGAUGAUGCUGCGGUUUCUAUCAAUUCCAGGUCCUCCGCUACUUGGUGGAGUUUGAGCUGAAGGAGAGCGACAACCCUCGGCGGCUGCUGCGGCGGGGCACGUGCGCCUUCAGCAUCCUCUUCAAGCUCUUCUCCGAGGGGCUGUACUCGGCCAAGCUUUUCCUCACCGCCACCCUCCACGAGCCCAUCAUGCAGCUGCUGGUGGAGGACGAGGACCACCUGGAGACGGACCCCUCCAAGGUGACAGAGCGCUUCACGCCAGCCCAGCAGGAGCGCCUGUUUGGGGAGAAGGGCUCGGUGGGCUACAGGCAGAAGGUGGCGGCCGCUGUGGAGGCCAACGAGGCCAAGCUGGUGACCCUGGUCAACAAGUUCAUCGGCUACCUGAAGCAGAACACCUACUGCUUCCCCCACAACCUGCGCUGGAUCGUGUCUCAGAUGUACAAGACGCUGUCAUGUGUGGAACGGCUGGAGGUGGGCGAGGUGCGAACCAUGUGCACGGACCUGCUGCUCACCUGCUUCAUCUGCCCAGCCAUAGUCAACCCCGAGCAGUACGGCAUCAUCUCAGACGCCCCUAUCAACGAGGUGGCCCGCUUCAACCUCAUGCAGGUCAGUGGACGACCCAACAGACUCAUACAUCCACACUACUCUUAUACAUGCAUGGACAUUGACAGCUUAUUGAGUACGAAUCCUAUUUGAACUGUUAGAUAAUAAGAUAAAAUAUUGUUAUCUUGCUUUCCCUUGUAUGUAUCCUAAUCAUUAUCUUUGUCCUGUAGGUAGGGCAGCUUCUUCAACAGUUGGCAAUGGCUGACGAUGAUGGAGACCCCAGGAGGAAAAACAGUUUGGCCAAGUUCGAUAAGGUAAGAUCCUCAAACACACAUCUUAAUAUGGAACCAGUUUUCCCAUGGGGUAGCUUUUAUUACGUUUUCAAUACAUGUUUUGCUUCUUGUCUUAUUAUUGAAGUUGCCUGUCUGGUUGUGUCACCUCAGAGCUGUGUAGCUGCCUUCCUGGAUGUGGUAAUCGGAGGGAGAGCUGUGGAGACACCGCCCAUGUCCUCCAUGAACCUACUAGAAGGACUCAGCAGGACUGUGGCGUACAUGACACACAGUCAGCUGCUCUGCCUGGUACGCUGCUGACCUGACUGUUUCAGUCUGAAUGUUGUAUGGCUUAUAUUGUAGUUAGCCUAGAACAGUAUGCAACCAUGUUUUAGACAGGCAACAGUAAACGUUCCUAUGUUACAGAAAGUGAACUUGACAUGCCCAGGCUUGUCAGACCAGAAAGACAUUUCACACAGGUUGUUGAGAGUGCUGUUAUGUCUCAAGGACUGGGAAUUGCCGUACUAUACUGAAGCAUACAAAGUAUUACCACAUACUCCUGGAAUUGCAGUGCAGUGGCUCCUCCCUUAGUUACCUUUCCUUAUAACAUUAGUGCGAUAAUCAACAAUUACCCUAGCUGUAUUCUAUUGGCAUGUCUCAAGCCCCACUUUUAGUUUCAUUGUGAAGAAGAGUCCUGUACUUGUCACCCGUGGCAUAAAUUCUCCACCAGCGUAGCUAUUCAUGCAUUAUUAAAAAUGUAAUUUAAUUCCUCAUAGAAACUAGGAUGUGAGAGUAUUAAAUGAAGUAAUUAACUCCUAUGGUGUUCAGGUGGACUUUGUACGGAGUGUGAUGGCAGGGGACCACCUCCGGGAGGAGGAGCAUAUGCUCCUGGAGACCCUGCUGGCUAACGUGCCCCAGUCCCGGACGGUGAAGAGCAACAGUCUGGAGCUCACCCCCUCCAACACCCCACAGCUCUCCCCAGCCACUACCCCCGCCAACAAAAAAAACAGGAACAUAGGUACCUACCUCCUCGGCUGUUGUUACUGUACACCUGCAGCCACCGGCUUUCUGACAGAGAGAAUGACCUACUGCAUAAUGAUAUACGUGGUUUAUCUCCAGUACUUGUUAUUCCCAUUAUAGCAUUGCACCAGUUGGAGAGUUCAGUUUGAAAUUACACUGAAACCAGCCUUUUUAUGUACUAACUGCAGGUUGUUUCAUUCAUGGUAAUAAAUAAGGAGGUGAAGUAGCUAGAGUUGUAAUGGCUGCAGAAAGCCCCUGUUAUGUAGGAAGCUAAUGAGGUUCUGGGCCUGUUCUACAGGUAAUUAGCAGUCUCUAGAUUGGAGAUCCAUUACACAAAUGACAACCAAUUAAAUUACAAAAUAUAAAUGGACCCUUUUUAAUUGGUAUGGAUGGAGAAAUGUAUACCUUCUUCCGUCAUUAGGAAUAAAUCAAUUAAAUGUGACGGAAACAACAUCCUCCUCCAUUUGAAAUAAGCCACUUUAAGGUGCCCUAUUGAAAUGUGAACCUUUUCGAUUUUAAGCUGUUUUACACAGUUGCUUGCUACUCGCCCUGUAUUCUCUCUGUCGCCCUCAACCUUCUUCCUCCUUUCCUCCUUUGCUGCCUGUGAUCGACCAGGACAACAGUUAGCAACUUCCUGGGACUCCACAACCACCACCCUGUCUGCUCACAUUCCAUUAGUUACCCCUUUUGGUGGGUAGCAUGGCAGCCCUGUGAAGCUGACUAGAACUAAAGCGUGUUUGUGCCACCUAGUCAUGUGCCACUGCCAGUCACAGACACACAGUACCAGCCAUGCUCAUAGCCAUGGUCCCUGCUGCAGUCUCACUGCUUCACCACCAGAUCGAGCUAGCUGCUAGAUGUGCUCUUGUCACCAUGCCUUUUCACCAUUUACAUUUACGUCAUUUAGCAGACGCUCUUAUCCAGAGCGACUUACAGUUAGUGAGUGCAUACAUUUUUCAUACUGGCCCCCCCGUGGGAAACGAACCCACAACCCUGGCGUUGCAAGCGCCAUGCUCUACCAACUGAGCUACACGGGGCCUUAUAUGCCUGCUUUGGCCUGUGCUCUAGUCUUGUAGACCUCGUUUAUACCCGGUUCUCUGCUGCUUGUUUUCACUCACGUGGUAAAUUAUAUUAUGUUUAAAGAAACAUGCUUUUGGCUAAAGAGAAGAUUGAAGUCAGACAUGUUCUGUUUUAUUGCUGAUGUUGGGAUCUUACAUUCCUCUGCAAAAAGCAAUGCAUCAGAAUUACCAUACAGAGCACGAUCAGGUCAGUCAUUAGAAUGGUAUGCAUGCCACGUGCUGAUUGGGAUGUGGAGUGUGGUUGCUUCACUGCGUCUCGCAUGCACUUGUGAUUUGUGAACCUUAUUGGAUGUACUCAUGGACCUGUAUUACACUGGACGGGUUACACAGCACACGUUAUCUAAGCAGGGCCUAGCAAAAUAUCCAGUUUCUAUUAGGAAAGAUUGAUUGAUUUAAUGAUUGAAUCCAAUUAAGUAAACAUUUUCUGUUCACUGCAAUACCUCUUUCACAAUGCAAACUGAAAGGUUGGGAGCAGCUAACAGGUUGGGAGCAACUAACAGGUAAUCUAAGAAGCAAUGCAGUCCAUAUGUAGUUGUGUAUAGGUAGGUGAGUUUUUGCGUUGUUUAUAGUUAGUAUAGCCUACUUUUUUGCUUUUGUUAUUAUAGUGUAAGCUGAUCCCAGUCUUUUGCGCCCCCUGAAUCUCAGUGAGUGAGUAUUACAGAGUAACACCUUGUCCCCUGCUACCACUGAAUCUCUGUUAGUUAGUAACAUCUCGUCCCCUGUCUCCCCUGCUCCCCCUGAAUCUGUCAGUGAAUGAGUAAAGCCUCAUACCCCGUCUGUCUCCCUGCUCCCCCAGCAGCCUCCCGCAGUCGUAGCCGUUCCGAGCUGGCCCAGCAGGGGGAGGCAGAGGCUAGCUCCCUGGAGUCCCUGCAGGAGGUGAUGCCAGAGGAGGUGCUGGUGAUCUCACUAGGAAGCAGCCCCCAGACCAUCCCUGGGAUGAUGUCAGAGAAUGAGGUAAGUAACGAGCCUGUAACAUGCACAUUAUUAUGGAGAGUGUAUGGUGUAAUAUACACUUGCACACAACAGUGGAAAUACAUUUGAUAUAACAGGUAUAUUUGUCAUUAUCGGAAGCCCACUUUAAGAGCCAGGAUGGCAGUAACCAGUGCUGUUCCCUCUCAGGUGUUGACCAUGCAGCUGACUGAUGGUUCACAAGGGGACACUCCUGCAGAUGACACCAAGCACCAUGGCAAGCCAGACAAAACCCUGCGCUUCUCCCUCUGCAGUGACAACCUGGAGGGCAUCUCAGAGGGUCAGUGUUCUAACAACCCACAUGCCCUGCUGACUCAGUAGUUACUACAGCAACACAACAGAAUGUUUUCAAUUAGGUGUUAAUGGCUUUUACACUUAGUAGUUUAUAUGUUCUCAUGAAAACAACAGUAACUGUUCAUGUACCACAAAAAGAGGACCUUGUGUAAUCUGAUGCAUUGUAGUUGGAGAUGUAUAAAUGUAAUUGUUUUCGUUGCACAGGUCCGUCCAACCGGUCUAACUCUGUGUCGUCUCUGGACAUGGAGGGAGAGUCUGUGUCUGAGCUGGGAGCUGGGCCAUCAGGGAGCAAUGGGGUGGAGGCUCUACAACUGCUGGAGCAUGAACAUGGUGUGUUGUGAGAAAUCAUUGUCUGCUAAACCAAUGUCAGGGAUCAUUACAUUGAGACGUGAUAACAUUGUCAUUAUCCCUGUCACACCCCCAGCCACCACUCAGGACAACCUGGAUGACAAACUGCGUAAGUUUGAGAUCCGCGACAUGAUGGGCCUGACAGAUGACCGGGACAUCUCUGAGACAGUGAGUGAGACCUGGAGCACAGACGUGCUGGGCAGUGACUUUGACCCCAACAUGGAUGAGGAUCGACUGCAGGAAAUAGCUGGUAAGACAUAGGGAGAAUCUCAAUUGCAUACUCCUCGUACUCUCUCCUCGCCUCCUUCUCAAAAUCCAUUGGAUUUAAAAACCAGAGGUUCCUCCCCUCUGACCUUCUCCUCCAAUUGGUUUUGAGGAGGCAAGGAGAGAGGACUUGAGGAGUAUGCAAUUGAGAUUCUCCCAUAGACCCAGAGGUCCUUACUACAUCAGAUAAUAUGGGACAAUACUGCCACCUUUUGGUUUAUGGCUAAAACAGCAUGUUAAGGCUUCAUCAAAUCAAAUUGUAUUUUAUUUGUCACAUUACAUUUUAAAUUUUUAGUCAUUUAGCAGACGCUCUUAUCCAGAGCGACUUACAGGAGCAAUUAGGGUUAAGUGCCUUGCUCAAGGGCACAUCAACAGAUUUUUAUGCUUAGUAAACAACAGGUGUAGACUAACAAUGAAAUGCUUACUUACGGGCCCUUUCCAACAAUGCAGAGUUAAAGAUAAAAAAUACAAUAAAAAAUAGAAAUAGUGACAAAAUAAAUAAAAUACACAGUGAAUAACAAUAACGAGUGAACAUAACAUGGCUAUAUACAGGAAGUACCAGUACCGAGUCCAUGUGCAGGGGUACAAGGUUGUUGAGGUAGCUAUGUACUGUACAUAUAGGUAGGGGUAAAGUGACUAGGCAACAGGAUAGAUUAUAGACUGUAGCAGCAGGGUAUGUGGUGAAUGUGUUUGUGGCGUCAGUAUGCAUGUUAUGUGUGAGUGUGUGGGCGUAUGUAGUGUGUGGGUUGAGGUGUGUGUAUGUGUGAGUGUGUGGGUAGAGUCCAGUGUGUGUGCAUAGUCUAUGCAAGCGAGUCAGUGCAAAAAAAGGGUAAAUGCAGGUAGUCCGGGUAGCCAUUUGAUUAGCUAUUUAGCAGUGUUGUUUAGCAGUCUUAUGGCAUGGGGGUAGAAACUGUUCAGGGUCCUGUUGGUUCCAGACAUUUUUGGGCCUUCCUCUGACACUGCCUGGUAUAGAGGUCCUGGAUGGUAGGGAGGUCAGCCCCAGUGAUGUACUGGGCCGUACUCACCACCCUCUGUAGCGCCUUGCGGUCGGGUGCCUUACAGUUGCCGUACCAAGCGGUGAUGCAGCCAGUCAAGAUACUCACAAUGGUGCAGCUGUAGAGCUUUUUGAGGAUCUGAGGGUCAUUGCCAAAUCUUUUCAGUGUCCUGAGUGGGAAGAGGCACUGACGUGCCCUUUUUACAACUGUGGACCAUGUGUGUGGACCAUGUUAAUUCCUUUGUGAUGUGGACACCGAGGAACUUGAAGCUCCCGACCCGCUCCACUACAGCCCCAUCGAUGUGGAUGGGGGCGUGCUCGCACCGCCAUUUCCUGUAGUCCACGAUCAGCUCAUUUGUCUUGCUGAAGUUGAGGUAGAGGUUGUUGUCAUGGCACCACACUGCCAGGUCUCUGACUUCCUCCCUAUAGGCUGCCUCAUCGUUGUCGGUGAUCAGUCCUACCUCUGUUGUGUCGUCAGCAAAUUUGAUGAUGGUUUUGGAGUCGUCCACAUAGUCGUGGGUGAACAGGGCGUACAGGAGAGGACUAGGCACACGCCCUUGAGUGGCCCCUGUGUUGAUGGUCAGCGUGGCGCAUGUGUUGUUGCUUACCCUCACCACCUGGGGGCGGCCCGUCAGGAAGUCCAGGAUCCGGUUGCAGAGGGUGGUGUUCAGCUCAGAAAUCAUUUUAUUUUAUUUUAUUUCUCUAUUUAAUUUCUCUGCAUUUUUGGGAAGGGCCUUAAGUAAGCAUUUCACUGUUAGUCCACACCUGUUGUUUACGAAGCAUUUGAAUAACAACUAUUAGAAUAACACACAUUCUUUUCUAGAAUAAGAAAUAAAAAUUAGGUGAAUUACAGUUUACACUAGUAGGAAUUGGCCUAUGUUGAUAGGCUAAAUUGAAAUGUUUCUUACAGAAGAAAUAUGAAAAUGCAUAACCAUGGUAGCAAUUGAAUGGGAACAGUUUGGAUAUUAUGGGGAAAAUUAUUAGACCAAAGUUGAGGUCUCAAGACUGCAUCCAAACAUUACACUGUUGAUUUUAUGUACAUUUACUGUACUUAUAAAUGCGUAUAAAAAUGCAAAAGUUGCCCAAUUAGCAGGAGGGAUGGUGGCACGUUCUUGUUGCGUGCGGUGCUCAAGUUCAGAACACCUGUCAGUCAAAACCCAUACAACACUGCGACGCGCAGAGUGAGCUCUGACGUAAUUUAUGGCAUGUUACUGUACAGCCACUGGGUUACAAUUUAGGCACUUAUCAGUGCCCAAAUCUGCCAUUUUCAACCCGUAUAUGGGUACGGGUGUAAAGGGCUACAAUGCGGUAAACGUUGUUUUUACCUCAGGAUUCAGCUCAUUAUCAAAAUUCAGAUAUUCCUUAAUACUCAUGGAUCUCACACUUUCAUUGAAGGGACUAAGCACACACCCCAGAGGGGCCCCAGUGUUGAGGGUUGGCGUGGCAGGAAGUCCAGGAUCCAGUUGCAGAAGGAGGGGUUCAGUCCCAGGAUCCUUAGCUUAGUGAUGAGCUUGGAGGGCACUAUGGUGUUGAACGCUGAGCUGUAGUCAAUGAACAGCAUUCUCACGUAGGUGUUCCUUUUGUCCAAGUGGGAAAGGGCAGUGUGUAGUGUAAUAGAAUUGGAGUGGUAUGUGAAUUGGUAUGGGUACAGGGUGUCUGGGAUGAUGGUGUUGAUGUGAGCCAUGACCAGCCUUUCAAAGCAUUUCAUGGCUACAGAUGUGAGUGCUACGGGGCGAUAUUCUGGAGCAUUCCAUCUAUUUUGCUAAUUGUUAAGUAAGUAAGGACAAUCUUCAAUGUUCUCUAAGACAUAAUUAUCAAAAUGUUCAUUUUAUUCCACGCAAACUUUUCUUCCUGCGCUUUCCUUUCUUCCCUCUCACUGCUUUCUCUCUCUCCGUUGCUUUCUCUCUCUCCGUUGCUUUCUCUCUCGCUGACAUUCACUCAGUCCCUGCAGUCUUAUUGACCUUGGUUCCUUCUCAUUUGCAUCCACCAUUUUUCAUUCCUUGGAAUAUGGCGUUGGGGGACUUUUCCAUCAUUAAGUGAAUUUACAGCGAUUUCCUUAUGUGUUUUCUCCAAGGGAUUGGGUUAUGAGAUGCACAUUAAAUAUCCAUUAAUACCUCAUUAUCCCACUGAUAAGAUUACCAUGAUAAUGAGGCAGAAAUUCUAAUUGUUUCACUUCUUGUUGUGCCACUCAUUUAAUCAUCCACCUGAAAGACAAGUGCUCUGCGCCCCUACCUUGAAGACUGUAAACAUGGACAGCAGGGUAGAGCUCUCCUGCCGCUAGAAAGGGACCUGCCCCCGCCCAGCCCCGCAGACUGUUGCCUGGGCGCUGGCACGCAUGUGCGCCAAUGGUGUGUUUGUGUGCUGUGAAGUGGAAACAUGGCGUACCUGGGGGGUGCGGGUACCACGGGUCGACUCCUGAUCCGCUCCCCGGCCACCAUACUCCCACUCACACCUGCUAGCUCUUUCCCCUCCUCCACAUUCUUCCGCCUUGUUAACCCACAGCAUCCCAAAUGGAAAUGGAGGAAUGUCGUGUGGUGGACUUUGUGGGAGGGUGGGUGAGGGGUAAUUUGGUUGUGAGUAAUGCCCGGCUUAAUCAACAGCUCAAAGUCAUGGCUCAGGAGGCAGGGUUGGGGUGAGAUAUUACCAUUAACCUUUGAACUUUGGCACAGUAGUGUGUGCCUGUUGGCCCAGCGUGAAAUGCCUGUGACCUCAGGCUCCCUCUCUGUCUCUCUGUCUCUCUGUCUGUCUGUCUGUCUGUCUGUGCUCAGGGGCAACUGUAGAGAACAUGCUGGGCAGCCUGCUGUGCCUACCAGGCUCCGGCUCAGUGCUGCUAGACCCCUAUGGAUCCACCAUCUCAGAGACCACCAGCGAGGCCUGGAGUGUGGAGGUCCUGCCCAGUGACUCAGGUGGGUUCAGUGUUGAGAAGGGGUUGUAGGAGCUGAAUGGAGUCUCCUCCUGUCAGUUUCGCAACUCUGUACAAACAUUUUCCAUGAGUUUCUAUGUAGAAGUAUUUUUCUUGUCUUCCUCCAUGCACUGCAUCUGCAUGAGUCACUCCAGUAGGUGUGUGUACGGAAUUACUCUCCAUGUGUGUGGGUGGACACGCCAGGUGUGGCUUCCCCCCCAGUUCCAUAUCAAGGAAGUGGGUGCAAUCUGUCAUGUUUGUGUGCACUAGCCUGUCUAUCAGGGUAUAUCUGCCUGUGCCAGUAAAAGGCAGCUCUGGGUUUCCCCAGAGGAACCUCCAGGUGUGUUUGCACCUGUAGUGGAUGAACAGACAUGAGGAAAUGUUCAAGGACAGCAGCUGUUUGCAGUCUAUUGACAUGGUGUCAACCUUUUUGCUGGCAACAUCCUCUCACAAAUCUGUAGGCUUUGCAACACAUUCUUCUGACAGUGGGGUUUUAUGUAUGGACAUGUUUAGCUGAGCAGUUCCAGCACAGUGUGAAUGUGGUCCCAUUGCAGCAAUUACAAACCAUACGUUAUUAUGAACAGGAGGAAUCAUAUCAAUCUUAAACUGUCUGUUCUUUAGUUAAAAUAAGGUCCUAAAACCAUAUGUUAGAUUACGUGGUUAAAACCCCUUGAAAGUGUUUCAUGAAUAUCAAUAGAGUACUUUAAUAACAGCAUUACAAGUGUUUCUUGGGAAAGCCCGGACUCUCUGUUAAUUGAAGUGCACAAUUGCAAUGUUAAAUUGACAUGCAUGAGUAUCUUGAUUGCUUUUUGUUUCUGUUUGCUGCCCCUGUUCUGCUCUGUAAUAGGGCUAUCUGAUGCUCGCCUGGAGUUGAGGGCUUGUUUCAUGGCUAGGCAGCAAAAAACGACACUCCAAAGAGCACUUCACUAGCACAUUAUUACUAACGAGCAUGCAAAUGAGUACUGUGGUUACUUUGGAGCCUCUGGGUUAAGGUGAACUGCUCCAUUGGGCAGCCACAAAAUGGUCUGGACUCGAGUUUUCGCUUUUCCCUUUGUCAGUUGUAGAUGGUUUGUUUUGCUUUCGUGCAUAUUAGUUUUCUUAGCUAUUACUUUAUCCUGCCAGAAAAGGGAGCCCAAACAAACACUAUGUGCCUAUGAACAACUUACAUUGUUGACUAUAACUGGAUGUGACUGUACUGUGUGUGUGUGUGUGUGUGUGUGUGUGUGUGUGUGUGUGUGUGUGUGUGCCUCCCCCUCAUCCCCCCCAGAAGCCCCAGACCUGAAGCAGGAGGAGCGUCUACAGGAGUUGGAGAGCUGCUCAGGGCUGGGCAGCACCUCCGAUGACACAGAGGUCAGAGAGGUCAGCUCCCGGCCCAGCACCCCAGGGCUCAGCGUCGUCUCAGGUACCCUGCACCUCUUUCACUCAGAAGCUUUACAGUAUAUCCAACACAUCAGUUUCUAUACUAACAUACAGAUUGAAAUAAAACAAGUCUAACCAGUCAUAGAAUUAUAAUUAAUGUAGUUCAGAGCCAUAUUGGGUUUUGUCUGUGUUAGCUGGAGAGCAGUCAGAUAGUGCUAGAUAACCAGGUCGGUGUGAGACUUUGGCUAGGACUCAGGUUAACACUGGCACUCUGUACUGGUAGCUCAGGUAAACAGGCCGCGUUGACAUGCUUGAUGUAGCAUUCCAGAUUAAGAGGACUGGGCCUGUGCCCACGGCUGAGCUCAUGUAGGAACAUGUCACACAAGGGCCGGGCCGAUGGAUAGGCUCUGUCUGAUUAUCAAUCUUACUGCUGCUGUUUGCAUCUCCCUUCCCAACCAUGGGAGCUCCCGCUACCAUAUUUAGUGGUCCCAGUGGGCCCCUGGUUGAGAGGGACCAUUCAGCAUAUCGUCUCAAUACAGUGUGUACACUCUCAGACUGCUAACUUCCAACUGUCACACAUUCCCCGUCACUCAGAAUAGGAGCUAGUCAGCCAAAUCCAAACCAAGUCUUCCACCAAAUGUUACCAUCUCCUGGAUGGCACAGAUUCUUUAACAUACAUUUCUGUUUUUUUCCUGCAGCGACAUCAGAAGACAGAGGAAAGACGGAGGACCUGCGGUCGGAGUGCAGCUCGGACUUUGGGGGGAAGGACUCUGUGACCAGUCCAGAUGGGGAGGAGUCGUCCCACGGUAGGAGAGAGGGGAGAGUGUCAGCUCCCCCUGUGGCCUGGCUGUGGCAUCACUACACUGUCAGCAGCUAGACCUAUCAAUCCCUGUCAGCUGAGCUGCCAUAACCUCUCCACUACACUAGAAUGCUGCUGACCCUGUUGGAAACAUUCUGCUUUGUUUUCAAAUGAAUGUUUAGACCAGAUGGCUCAUACAAAGUAUAGCUACAUGAUGAUAACUAAUACAAAGAACAGAAUAGCCCAUGCUUUUUUCAAUGGCAUGAACAAUUAUAUCAGACAGUGGCGCUUUGUUUAAAGUAUGAAUAACUUUCUUGUUUCAGGAGGACACCACAGUUUAGCUUCUCCGCCCUCACAGGCAGACUCCUUACUGGCCAUGUUCGAUCCCCUAUCCUCCGGCGAAGGUAAUUUCUGCUCCCACAAUGCUCUGGGGUAUUUGCUAUGUCGAGCGUCCAGGAAAUGAAAUAAGACCAGGAAAUGAGCAUCAUUAAGUCGUGUCUAGUGGCGUGGACUCACAGAACAGCUUGAUCUCUGAGAAAAUGAACCAAAAGAGUCUUGCCCCAAUUACUGGACAAAACAUUAGUGCAAUAAAAAUGUCUACUGCGUGGGAAUGUCAUUUCAAUUAGCUCAUUUGAGUGAGGUGAGUGAGCUGUGUGGCAAGGUGAGGGGAUGACAGGUUGAGAGACCUCACCCCAGGCACUUUGGCACAGUCCCUUGUCCCACUGUGCUCAUGGCACCAGGCUGCCAUUGGAAGCUUUUCAGGAGAGAGAAUCUACCCUUGGAACAGGUGGCAUACACACACCUAGGGCUUGUCUCCCACCAACCAGCCUCACUUUCCCCUACUUCCUCAUUGCUUUGCUGUGGUUUCCUUUGUUUCUGGACACACUCGAUAAUUGUAAAAGUGUUUCUGAGAACUGAGGAGGUAAUUGUUGUUCAGAUACACCCCUAUGUGUUAAGCUGUAUAACCAAACUAAGCCAUGUUUUUUUUCUUUCACAGGUUUCUCUACUGGUACUAUCGUGAGGCCCAAAGUGUACUAUGCCAGGCCCCUUCAUCCUCCCCCUGACCCUCCCAUCCCAGAGGCCUGUGCCCUGGGCCAGGAGCCCCGCUACUCCCUGUUCACGCCCCACUGCCUAGCCCAAGGCGAGCUGGAGCACACCAAGCAGCGCUACUCCUACCCAGACAGGCUGGUACGUAGCCGCAGCUCUGACAUUGUGUGCCAAGGCCGCCGGCCUACCAGCGACCCAGGCCUCAACCGCAGGGCUGCAGCCGAGGAGCGGGACCCUGCCGGGGCCUUCUCUAUGGGGUCACCCUCGUCCCCCAGCAAGGACUCCCUAAAAGGAGAGGUGAGAGCUGCUGGUAAUCACUGUUGUCACUUCAGCCCUGCAUGCUGCUCUGCUCUCCAAGCCCAGUUUUAGACCCACUGCACUCUAUAACAACAGUCAUAGUAUGAACUCUUGUCAUUUCACUAAAGAUGACAUUUUAUAAAAGGUGAAGUGAGAUAAGGAAGUCGAAAGUCACUUUGUCAGUACAUAAGCCUUUCUUUCCCGUGCUACCGUUCAGUGUCAGUAUGGAUUCGAAAACAUACUUGAAUAUUUAUUUUCCAAAGGUUGAGGAGCGAAAGGACAGUGAUGAGGAAAAGUCUGAUCGCAACAGACCAUGGUGGAAGAAACGCUUUCAGUCAGCCAUUCCCAAAGGUAAGGACUCACUUCUAAACCUCCUCUUUCCCCCUCCAUCUCUGGGUCAGUUUGGCAUGCCCUCUUUUCUAUGUUGCAACAAGUGCUUUUAGUGGGUUAAAUAGUUUGACAAUUUGUUUGGAAAUUGCAUGGUUACUAUGUUUAGUACAUUCUUUUCAAUCUUUCAUGAUGUUCUCUUAAUCACAUCUAUUGCAGAAAAUGUAUACUUUUUUAAAGACCUGUAAAUGAUGAUGCAUGAUCGCUCCACCUCCGAUGUUCUGCUUUGAAAAAUACUGUUUCUUGUUGUUGAAAGUUACACCAGACAAAUGGACAAGUCUUUUCUCACGUCUCACUUGCACUAGAUUUAUUUUUCGUUUCUAAAACUAAUCAGUCAUGUGAGGGGCUUGUGCUGGUGUAGAUUGUGCAGUGGUACCCCUCCCAGUGGUCCUGUCAUCCCCAGCCUAAUGGUCAUUAGAUAGACCUCUCUGUCAUCAACGCUGAUAGAUUACACAUCUCUUGUUGCGGUUAAACUCCAAAACCAUCUCUCAUAGAAGUGUCAGGAAAUAAUGAGCUGUGCCUACAAGAGAUGACUGUGUAUUACUCUUUUAGAUAAUGAUGUUCCUUUAGUAAACAUUAAAGUUGGAUUAAUAAACCCAGAUCUGCACAGAGAAGUGUAAACCCGUUAAGUUUGAGUUUGACAGAAAGAAUAGCAGAGCACCGUUUAGUGUAAAUGGAAUAGGCUAUUAAUAUUUUAGUCUUUGAGGAAAAAAUGUCCUUGUCCAUCCAUUCAAUAUCAACCCCUCUGUCAAACUGUUGAGAACCAGAGUCCACAAAAAGGCCCUUCUGUUGGCCUGGUCCUGCUGCUGUGCUGAGAAUAUCAUGGUGAUGUAUAGCCUAGCCCCUCACAGAGUGUCAGCCAGGUAGACUUGAGUGUGUGAAAGGCCAACCCUGUCUGUUGUGUUCCUCACACAGUGCUGUAUUGGACGGCUGAGAGUGAAGUCCCAGGUAACACUUCCAACAAUAGCUGUCAUCAUUGAGCAAGCUGCCCUGACGGCAGUGCCAGUGGCUGAGUGCUGUAGGCCAUGACGCUUGUAGACGUGGCCCUUUGUGAUAGAGAGAGCUGUGAUGUGACAUGGUGCCGCCUGAGUUGAUGUCCUGGCUCCUCAUUCAUGCAUUUGUUUUGGAUGUCCCCAUUUUUCUUUUUGCACUGUAAUGUUUGUGAUACAACAUUGCAACAUUGGGGCGCACAGAAUGGCAACACAUUUAUACAUUGCUAUACUUCUCUUCACAUUCUCUCCCUGUAAAUACCGACCUUUAAGAUGAUUCUGUUAUCUGGAUAUAGACCACAUUUGUCCUGUUGACACUCGUGUGUUAAUAGCCUCACCUGCUUAUUUGCACGAAUAUAUAUAUAUAUAUAUAUAUAUAUAUAUAUAUAUAUAUAUAUAUAUACACACACAUCUUUUAAUGUGUACACUGAGUGUAGAAAACAUUAGGAACACCUUCCUAAUAUUGAGUUGCACCCCCUUUUGCCCUAAUAACAGCCGCAUUUCGUCGAGGCAUGGACUACAAGGUGUCAAAAGCGUUCCACAGGGAUGCUGGCCCAUGUUGACGGCACUUCAAUAUUUUUGUCUUGCCCAUUCACCCUCUGAAUGGUACACAUACACAAUCUGUGUCUGAAUUUUCUCAAGGCUUAAAAAUCCUUCUUUAACCUGUCUCCUCCCCUUCAUCUACACUGAUUGAAGUGGAUUUAAAAGAUGACCUCAAUAAGGGAUCAUAGCUUUCACAUGGAUUCACCUGGUCAGUCUGUUUUGUACACUCAGUGUAUAUCUAAGUGAUAUUGUUUGUCCAUUGCAGUCUGGCAGUCGUAUUAUUUCAACCAUUUUGCUUUUAUUUACCUCUCUAGCAUUCCUUUGCUAUUAUCGUGCAGUGAACAUAGGGAUACAUCUCCUUAAUGUUGUUCAGUUUAUAUGAUGCUAUGCUACAGUAUGCAUCUCUCAUCUACAUUGUUAGUCAAUGGUAAAAGCCACCGUAAAUGUGUGACAACACAAUUUCUUGUUCUGCUGUCAUGAAGUGAGUCAUGAUGAGACUGUGGUCCAGAGAGAGUGAGAGCAGAGCGUACAGUAGCAGCACUUCUCCUAGCUCACUCAUUAUGCUCUCUCCACAGCUCCGAUAGCCUUCCGGAAAAGGGACAGGCAGGAGAAAGACGAUGUGGGCCAUGAACGCGUCCCACAAGGUCUGUCCUGAUUUAUUGUCAUUGCACUCAGAUAUUGCUGAAUCGGGGGGGGGGGGGAGUGGGUAUGUUUCCCAUGGUGAGUUUAACCCAAAUGUGUCCUGUGUGUGUUUGUCAGACGACCCUCUGUCCAGGAACUCCCAGGCCCAGGCAGCAGAAGACAUCCUAGACAAGUACAGGAACAUCAAGAGGACCAGCCCCAGUGAAGGAGCCACCGCUGCAGCCUAUGAUGCCACAGGAGGUCAGUGUCUUUCUCACUCAGGCACACACACACAUUCAAUGAAUUAAUUUGAGCGUGUGAAUGUGUUGUGCACAGAGCUGUGUGGAGAGGAGGGUUUGCACGACUCUCCCAGAGACGAAGCUCUGCAGAACAUGUCCACAGACGACCUGCCAGACUCAGCCAGCCAGACGGCCCAGCAACACCACUCCAACAAGUUCUCUUUCAGGUCAGUGAGCCCUCACCAGUUCACAGAAGUCACACAGCUAUGAUGAUAGGAAUAAUACAAUCUUUGUUUAUACAUCAGCUUUCAUGCAAUGCUUUAUUAUCAGCCAGAAGUGCUUCAGAGGCAUGAUAAUUGACAAAAGACAAAGUGAUAAGACUAUCAAACCAAAUCUACAUUUUCCAAUUUUUUCCUCAUAUGUUGCAGUGAUGCAAAGAAGAAGUUGAGACUGGCCUUGUGUUCAGCAGACUCUGUGGCUUUCCCCCUCAUGGCUCCUGCCACCACACGCAAUGGGCUGCCUGACCACACAGACUCUGAAGGUACCAUUCUAUUAUUACUGGCCAUGUUAUAUCUGGCCACAUUCAUUCCUGUAAGUAAGCCUGCCCACUACACAUUUACCAGCAGGACACGGCCACACACAAUAGAAAGGGACAUCCUUUGAAAAGGUUACAUUUUGAAAUCCAUGAGACACUCUCUCGGUUGUCAUCAGUCACAUCCACAUGACAGGGGGGAGCAGGGCAGGCUGAUCUGAUUACAGCAGUAGCCCUUCUCCCAGCGAGGGGCCAGUGUGUCUGAGCAUCUCACCCACCGCUGUCUGUCUACCGUCUCCUUCCCAGACAAUGAGAUCGUGUGCUUCCUGAAGGUCCAGCUGGCGGAGGCCAUCAACCUGCAGGAUAAGAACCAGAUGGCCCAGAUCCAGGAGACCACUCGCUGCGUCAGCCGCUUCGACGCACGUACCUGCAGGAAGCUUCUGGCAGCCAUCGCCGAGGAUUACAGGUAACUUUGGAGGAAGAGAGAAUCUGCAGAAGGAGCAGCACUGCUAUUACUGCAUGGACAGUUCUGUGGUAUAGUUGAUUUGUAUUGUUUUGUUUGAAAUAUGUAGGUCUAUUUUGAAAGGCUAAAAUAAACAUUUAGGUAGCCUAUGUCUUGUCAAUUAAUAUUGUGAGUAAUGUCUUAUUUCAGUAGUAAUAUCUCAGAUCAACCUAAUUUUGUCACGGUCACUCAUCGCAACCGUUCAUAAGCAUAAUCCAUAAUGCCUGCAUGUGUGUCCCAUCCCCCCUGGUAGGAAGCGGGCGCCCUACAUAGCAUAUCUGACGCGGUGUCGGCAAGGCCUGCAGACGUCCCAGGCCCACCUGGAGCGGCUGCUGCAGCGGGUGCUGAGGGACAAGGAGGUGGCUAACCGCUACUUCACCACUGUCUGUGUUCGCCUCCUACUGGAACACAUGGAGGCUAAGUCACUGGACUUCAUCAAAGGUCUCUGCUCCUUAUUACUUAUGUACUCACUGUGAUUUUGGAACCAUGAAUCAACUGAUGGUGUCUCUGCUAGUUGAUUGACCUCUGAAUGGCCAUAGUAUGGAAUUCAAAAUACAGACACUUAAAUUCAACCUAACUACCUGCACCACGUUGCAGUGCUUCAUUUACAAUCUAGAACCUCUAAAAUACUCUAAUUGUUCAGUGUGUCCAUCUCUGGUCCCCCCCCAGCCUUCCAGGGGUGCACAGCGUCAGAUGACAAGACGGCGGCGGUGGAGGACUUCCUGCGCUACCUGUACGGGGCCAUGGCCCAUGAUGCAAUCUGGCAGUACGCUAGCGAGGACCAGCUGCAGGAUGCCCAGAUGGCCAUCGAGCGCAGCGUCAUGAACCGUAUCUUCAAACUGGCCUUCUACCCCAACCAGGACGGGGACAUCCUGAGAGACCAGUGAGUAACGGUGACCGCAGCCACCUCACCUCGGUCACAUGGCCCCAGCGUUGGUGUGGCUGCUGCCCCUCAGGCUUAGAAAUGACCCAGCUUCCUGUCCUCCUACUCGGAUGCUAGUGUACCAUCAUAUUAUCCUUUACAGAUUUGAAUGAAGAUUACACUGUAUUGCUAUAGUAGGUUUCCAGUUUAUUGUGUUGAUUGUUCACCUAAUCUAUGUUCCCCCCUCCUCUAGGCUUCUUCAGGAACACAUAGCGCGUCUCUCAAAAGUGGUGACGGCAAAUCACAAAGCUCUUCAAAUCCCAGAGGUAACCCCACAGAUUUGUAUCCCCCCAAUUGUCCAUCAAAGUCUCUGUUUUUCAUUUUGUGUUGAUGUUUGGAGCUCUACAGAGUUGACGUGCUGAAUGCUAUUUCCUGUGUGGCUCCAGGUGUAUGCGAGGGAGGCUCCCUGGCCGUCUGCCCAGUCGGAGAUCCGGACCAUCAGCGCCUACAAGACUCCUCGGGACAAAGUGCAGUGUAUACUGCGCAUGUGUUCCACCAUCAUGAACCUCCUGAGUCUGGCCAACGAGGACUCUGUCCCCGGAGCAGACGACUUUGUCCCUGUGCUCGUCUUUGUCCUGAUAAAGGUGAGCAUCCAUUGCACAUUGAAACCAAGUUACUCAGAUGUUUACGUCAACAUCAUAUUCACUUUAGAUAGUAAAACUUAUACCUCAUUAAAUGGUCAAACUGCUUCAAAUGUGAUUAAAAGUAUAGGCCUUGCUAAAAGUAUGAACCCAGUCUCCCUAUAAUGCACUGAGGGAGAAACUGAAUCCCCAGCACACAUUCUGACAAUCCUUUCUCACAUAGACAGCUGUAUAGUAAAUGUGUAGUAGGAUGAAGAUCUUGCUGUAUGAUAACCUGUAUAAACAUAUUUACAUACGGUAUGUAUUAUACAUGGCCUGGCGUAUGGCUCUCUCUGUGGUUAAUGUGACCACCCACCCCCCCCACCCCUCCAGGCAAACCCGCCUUGCCUGCUGUCCACUAUUCAGUACAUCAAUAAUUUCUACGCCAGCCGGCUGAGUGGGGAGGAGUGCUAUUGGUGGAUGCAGUUCACCGCGGCAGUGGAAUUCAUUAAGACCAUCGACGAUCGCAAGUGAAGCAGAACCGCCACCUGUAUGGGGAAGGAGACGGGAGACUGGGAGACUUUCCAACCAACUGCUCCCCACAGCCCCCAGAACCAGGACCCAGGCCCACGCCCUGUCUGUCUGCUCUCUGUUUGUAUAGCUGUACAUAGUCAGAGACUUUGAGAGAAUUAAAAGUAUAUAUGAUUAUUAUGUGGACAAAAUCCAGGUUUUACCAUGGAGAAAAAGGCCUUGGAAAAAUGGCAGAUGUUAACUUUGAACUUAAACUAAUUAGCAUUUCUCAUUUAAUCUCUUGUCUCUCUAGUCAUGGUGAGGUGUUGGGGUCUAUGUCUUGAAUGUUAUAUCUAAAGUUAUGAUUCUAACGUUAAAUUGACUGAUGAAAGUGUCUAAUCAGAUGAAAAGGGACCAUGUUUCCUAGAGAUUAUCUCAGAUAUAUGUUGUGGAAGGGGACUACCUGAAGGUGAGAGAGAAAGGUUUCCUUGUUAAAUUGUGCAAUCUUUCCCCUGAAAUACUCUUCAUCCCAAUGCUCUUCAUCGUAUCCUGGGGAAUCACAAACCUCAAUAGAUACUGACUGAGUAUUGGUGACUCAAGUACAUUAUAAGAUCAACCCAUAAUAAUCAUGCUAAUAUUAGCUUUUUUUAACAUUAGCACAUCAAUAUUAGGACAGCUUUUUUCAUAAAAUGUAAACAAAUGUAUUCAUUAUUCGGUUCAUCCUUAACUAAAUACUUCUCUUUCUGUGGCAAUUUGGACAGAAGGGCCCCCAUAUUUAUAUAUAACAUGUAUUUAUUGCUUUCAUUCUAUUUCAUGGAAUUUUAUUUUAUUUCUAUAAAUGAAAUCACACGUCAUGCCUAUUUAGGAGAUUUAAGGCAGCUGUAAGGGUUGAGAUAUUUUAAUAGUGUUAGGAGGACGAGCAGCAUUGUCCUCAGACUGAGAAGCCCCCAGGAUGAGAUGUUGGCUGUUUGCUACGGCUUCUAUACGUUGUCACCACUGAUCAGCUCCUGCACAAUAUCACUAGUGCUGGUAUUUUUAGAAAUACUGAAAUGAGUGCCUUGAGGAGGGCCUCUUUGUGUAAGUCUGUUAUUUGUUGAAUUUUUUCUUGAGAAUGAGGGUUCUGCUCUUGGUUUUCCAUAAAGGAUAGGCAUUACUUCCCCAUUAUCACAGGGGUGGGCAACAUAUGCCCCGGCCUGUGAGCCCAUUCAGUCUGGCCAGCGAGAGGUUUGAGUAAAAAAAUUAACUUUAUUUUGGGGAUAUUAUUAUUAUUAUUAUUAUUAUUAUUAUUGGGUUAAAAAAUAAUCCAGGCCACUCUUGAAUGUCUAAAACUAGAUGGAAA